AUGCAAGCAUUUCAACGAUCACGCGUCGCGAUACAUUCUAUUAGAGGCAACUCUUUGGCAUUACAGACCCGCCAGGUUCAGAAAACCAUCUCAACGGCUGCUCUUGUACGUGCUACACGAUCGUAUAGCGGCUAUGGAUACAACAAUGAUUACGACACAUAUGGUGCGCCUUCACAGUUUGGUUCAGGCUCAGGCUGGGGUGGUUUGGAACGCAAAACACUACCGAGGAACACGAUUAUCAAGUUUGUCCCUCAACAAGAAGCUUGGAUUGUCGAACGCAUGGGCAAAUUCCAUCGUAUGCUGGAACCCGGUUUGAACGUCCUGAUGCCCAUCAUCGAUCGUAUCAAGUACGUCAAGAGCUUAAAGGAGACAGCUAUUGAAGUUCCUAGUCAAAGCGCCAUCACACAAGACAACGUAACCCUUGAACUUGAUGGUGUAUUGUAUUACCGUAUUGUGGAUCCUUUCAAGGCGUCUUAUGGAGUGGAGGAUGCUGAGUUUGCCAUCACUCAACUUGCACAAACGACUAUGCGUGCUGAAAUUGGUCAAAUGACUUUGGAUCGCACUCUUGCAGAACGAGCACAUUUAAAUUCCAACAUUGUCGACGCUAUCAAUUCGGCAUCGGAUGACUGGGGCAUUCGUUGCUUGAGAUACGAGAUUCGUGAUAUCCAUCCUCCUGCAAAGGUUGUCGAAUCCAUGCAUCAACAAGUUUCUGCUGAACGUACCAAACGAGCUCAAAUUCUUGAAUCCGAAGGUGCUCGCCAAGCUGCUAUUAACGUUGCCGAGGGUCGUAAGCAAGCAACCAUCUUGGCAUCCGAGGCCGAAAAAUCGGAGCAAAUCAACAAGGCUAGUGGUGAGGCUGAGGCUAUCUUGCUUCGUGCUCAAGCAUCUGCCAAGGGUAUUGAAAAGGUGGCAUUGGCCAUUGGACAAAUGAAUGGCCGGGAUGCUGUAUCUAUGACGGUGGCUGAGAAGUAUGUCGAUGCAUUCGGAAGAAUGGCCAAGGAAGGUACAACCAUGAUUGUUCCUGCAUCAGCAAAUGACGCAGCGUCCAUGGUAGCACAGGCAUUGUCCAUCUACAACUCUAUCAACAAGCCCAAGAAUACUUCAUCCAACACCACACCUCCACCAACCCAUUCAGAGCCCUCCAUCAAAGAUGAGAUGACUCAAGAUUUGGUGAAAGCCGCAGAGAAGGAAUCAACAUUCAAAGAGCCUACAGAGUCAUCAUAG